CGGGGGUCAAAGUUGAUCAGUUCGCCUCAAAAUGGCGGCUGAACCAACACGGGAGUGGAGCGAUGAGCAGCUCAAAAGUGAUGAUUUACCCAAAAAAGACAUUAUAAAGUUCAUUCAGGACAAUGCAGCCCACUCGUUCCUCAAUGAGCACAAGUUGCUGGGAAACAUCAAGAAUGUUGCCAAAACCGCAAAGAAAGAACAACUGAUUAUUGCCUAUGAUCAGCUCUUUGAGAGCAAAAGGUUUAAAGGCACAGAGCCAGUUGAAGAAAUGACCGAGCAGGUGAAAGCUGUUAAAAUUGAAGAGAAGCCCAAAGAGGUCAAGACAGAAGUCGUGGACGAGGGUCCGCCCAAGUACACCAAGUCUGUGCUGAAGAAAGGUGACAAGACAAACUUUCCAAAGAAAGGAGAGAAUGUGAGCUGCUGGUACACUGGUACUUUAGAGGAUGGAACUGUCUUCGACACCAAUAUCCCCGCUGCUGCAAGAAAGAAGAAACAAACUAAACCACUGAGCUUCAAAGCUGGCCUGGGCAGAGUCAUCAGAGGAUGGGAUGAGGCCAUUCUGACAAUGAGCAAGGGUGAAACAGCCCGAUUGGAGAUUGAACCAGAGUGGGCCUACGGAAAGAAGGGUCUCCCUGAUUCCAAAAUUCCACCCAACGCAAAGCUGAUUUUUGAGGUCGAGCUGGUGGCUGUGGAUUAACUGACAAACGUUGGCCAGCAUGCACUACAUUUCAAGGACGGAGGGAAAAAAAGAAAUACUCGAUAACCUUGUUGUAAAGCUUCAAGUUAAAAUGGCAUUUGGACUGCGCUGUUCUAUUUCUACUUUGUCAUCACCUUACAAGAAAUGAUGACCAAUUAUUACAAUGUUUUACGUUUUGGCCCAAAUGUGCUGGCCUGUCAAUAAUGUAUAUAUGAGAUGCCCUGAAACCUUAUUCUCUGUAUUUUGUUUUGUUCUUUUGCAUGUACAAUGUAAAUGAUAAAUAAACCUGUUUCAGAGACUGAA